AUGGAGGCAAUGGCCGCGAAACUAGUAUUCCCCCAGGACAACCCACCACUUUCCAUCAUUUCUGCUGCUAAGAUUGCAGGUGUUCCCAUAACCACUGAUCCCUGCCUCCCAUCAGGUUCAGUGCCCACACUACACUUUGGUUCUGGGGACUUUAUACAUGGCGUCAACACAGUUCUUCGUUAUAUUGCCCGUACUACAUCUGUUUCCAGCUUCUAUGGCGAGGACGCUAUUCAGGCAGCACGUGUUGAUGAAUGGCUCGAGUACGCACCACUCAUUCUUUCAGGCUCUGAAUUCGAUGCUGCUUGCUCAUUUCUUGAUGGAUACUUGGCAUCUCGAACAUUUUUGGUUGGUCAUGGUCUGACAGUUGCUGAUAUUGUAGUGUGGGCAAACCUCAGAGGAGCUGGUCAACGAUGGGAAAGUUUAAGGAGGUCAAGUAAGUACCAAAACCUUGUCCGUUGGUUCAACAACGUGGCUGUAGACUAUGCACUAGAAGAAGUUACAUCUGCUUAUGUUGGAAAGCAAGCAAUUGGCAAAUCUCCCGCACCAUGCCUGAACCAAAAGAUGCAUGGCUUGGAAAAUAUCUCAGUUCAUGAGAUAGAUCUCCCAGGUGCAAAAGUUGGGGAGGUUUGCGUACGUUUUGCCCCAGAGCCUAGCGGGUAUCUCCACAUUGGGCAUGCUAAGGCUGCACUGUUGAACCAGUAUUUUGCAGAUAGAUAUAAAGGACGUCUUUUAGUUCGAUUUGAUGACACAAAUCCUUCAAAAGAAAGCAGUGAAUUUGUUGAGAACGUCCUGAAGGAUAUUGAGACGCUUGGGGUUCAAUACGAUGCAGUUACAUACACAUCGGUUUAUUUCCCAAAGCUAAUGGAGAUGGCUGAAUGUUUGAUUAAGCAGGGAAAGGCAUAUGUUGAUGAUACACCCAAGGAUAACAUGAAUACUGAAAGGAGGGACGGUGUGGAAUCUAAAUGUAGAAACAGCACUGUUGAGGAGAACUUGUUGUUGUGGAGUGAGAUGGUUAAUGGUACCAAGAGGGGUACUCAGUGCUGUGUGCGUGGUAAACUUGACAUGCAGGACCCCAACAAAUCACUUCGAGAUCCUGUUUACUACCGUUGCAACCCUGAUCCCCAUCAUCGUGUUGGCUCAAAAUACAAGGUCUAUCCAACAUAUGACUUUGCAUGCCCAUUUGUUGACGCAUUGCAAGGAGUGACUCAUGCUCUUCGUUCAAGUGAGUAUCAUGAUCGGAACGCACAGUACUACCGUAUCCUUCAGGACAUGGGGCUGCGGAGGGUUGAACUCUAUGAGUUCAGCAGACUGAAUAUGGUUUAUACCGUUCUUAGCAAGCGCACGCUUCGCUGGUUUGUACAAAACAAGAAGGUGGAGGACUGGACUGACGCACGCUUUCCCACUGUACAAGGCAUAUUACGUCGUGGCUUGAAGAUUGAAGCCUUGAUCCAGUUUAUACUCGAGCAGGGUGCUUCAAAGAAUCUGAAUCUCAUGGAAUGGGAUAAACUCUGGACAAUCAACAAGAAGAUAAUUGAUCCAGUCUGUGGAAGGCAUACUGCUGUGCUGAAGGACAAAAGUGUGCCCUUGAUACUCACUAAUGGCCCAGAGGUACCAUUCAUUAGAAUUUUACCUAGGCACAAGAAAUGCAAGGGUGCUGGAAAUAAGGCUAUAACGUUCGCAAACAGAAUUUGGCUAGAGUAUGCUGAUGCAUCAGCCAUUAGCGUGGGUGAGGAGGUCACUUUGAUGGACUGGGGAAGUGUUAUCAUUAAAGAAAUCAAGACAGAUGAUGGAACAAUUACUCAACUAGUUGGUGAGCUCCAUCCUGACGGGUCAGUGAAGAUGACAAAGCUGAAGCUAACAUGGCUAUCAGAUACUGAAGACCUUGUGUCUCUCUCUUUGGUGGAUUUUGACUACCUAAUCAUCAAUAAAAAGCUUCAACUGGGAGAAGAUGAUAAACCCGGAGGUGAGAAGUUUCUUGAAAAUCUUAACCCAUGCACCCGACGAGAAGCUUUAGCUCUUGGAGACCCAAACAUGCGGAACAUCAAGCGAGGAGAAGUUAUACAGCUCGAAAGGAAAGGCUAUUACAGGUGUGAUGUUCCAUUUGUCGGGUCAUCGAAACCAAUCAUGCUUUUUGCCAUUCCCGAUGGCCGACUGAAGUCCACGUCGAUUGUCUCUGGAGCCUAG